AUGUCUGAACGAUUGGACGAGUCUACGCGACCCGCGAAACGCGCGCGACUCGACGAAAAUACCGACAUAUCCCUCCCCACAACCUCUCCUGCACCAGCUCAGACAGCUGCAAUACUUUCAGCGCCGGCGUCGGUUGACACGGAUCUGGAGCGCGAAGUACGCGCCGGUAUAACCGAAUAUGUCUGCCCGAACAACUUGGGUUUCACGGGUAUCUUGAAGCAGAGAUAUACGGAUUUCUUAGUCAAUGAGAUCGCGCUCGAUGGGCAGGUGCUGCAUUUGAAGAGCACCGAGGUGGAAGAGAAGAAGAAGCCUGUGAAAGAGAAUGUCCCGGCGGUCGAAGGUACAGGCGAACACAAGUCAGAGAGCACAAUAGCGACCGACGACAAGAUCGAUGCUGUUAUGCAGGAUGUGGGAGUCGCUGGUGAGACAACCCUCGCAGUACCGGAACCAGCAAAGGUUGAGGAUGCGCCGAAAGAAUCUGAGAACGAUGGGGAGCAGAUCAUUGGUAAACCAGCAGCAGCCAAGGAAGAGCAAGAAGAAGAGUUACCGGAAGACGAUCGCAACAUUCUACAUUCGAUAUUCGGCGAACAGACUACCGACGACAUCGUCAAACUUGUCCGACAAGUACGGAAACGCGAAUCGAAAAAAGCAAAGGACUUCAAAGCAGUCAUAUCAUCGCCCAUAACGGACAAGGACAAGCGCACACAGGCUCACCAGAGCUUGCGUCGCAUUUUCCCCAACUUGCUCGAGAGUGCUAUGGAGGAGAACCAAUGCAUACGCAUCAAGGCAACUCCCCCAGCGGAGCGCAAAAAGAAGAAGGGCAAGGGUGGUGGUGGGGAUCGACAAGACCAGGGACGGCGACGAGGAGGUCAGGAUUGGGAGGAGCUUGGUGGUGAAUACCUGCACUUCAACCUGUACAAGGAAAACAAGGACACAAUGGAGGUUGUUGGCUUCCUAGGAAGUAAGCUCAACUGUGGUGCCAAGGGUUUCGGCUUUGCAGGCACAAAAGAUAGACGAGCAUGCACUGUUCAGAGGGUCUGUGUCAGGCGCCAAACAGCGCAGCGCAUGCAAGCCUUCAACAAGACGCUGUUCAAUGCUGCUGUAGGAGACUUUGAGUACCGCCACAACGACUUGAAGCUUGGAGACCUGAUGGGCAACGAGUUCACCAUCACGCUCCGAGACUGCCACUUCCAGAGCGAAGAAGGAUUAGACUUUGUUCAAAGACGGCAACUCGCCAACGACGUGGUCAGCAAGGCAAUUAGUGACUUUUCCGAGAAAGGUUUCAUUAACUACUACGGUCUCCAACGCUUCGGUUCCUUCGCCGCAAGCACCGAUGCCAUUGGCCGCAAGAUGCUGCAAGACGAUCUAAAAGGCGCCGUCGAAGACCUUCUUGCGUAUAGCGAAACCGCUCUCGCUGCCGCAAAUAACGAAGCCACCGCUGUCCAGGUUUCCCAAGACGAUCGCAACCGUGCGCAAGCCCUCCACAUCUGGAAAACGAAAGGCAGCGGUGCCGAAGCCCUCGAAUUCUUGCCCCGCAAGUUUACAGCAGAGCGAAAUAUAAUCCAACAUCUCGGGUCCCGAAACAGCAAAUCCGGUCGCUACGACCGCAAAACAGACUGGCAAGGCGCGCUCAUGACAAUUCCUCGUACACUGCGUCUCAUGUACGUUCACGCGUACCAGUCUCUCGUUUGGAACACCGUUGCGGGAAAACGUUGGGCUGAACACGGCGACAAGGUUGUUGAGGGAGACCUUGUUCUUGUAAACGAACACCGCGAUAAAGAAGAAAACGCCCCAUCCAAGACGACGACAUCAACACACGACCAGGACGGCGAACCCAUCAUAAACCCCUCCGGCACCGACUCCUCUCUCGCUCCCGAAGCAGAUUUCGAGCGUGCCCGUUCCCUCUCCGCAUCCGAAGCCGCGUCGGGAAAAUACAGUAUCUGGGAUAUUGUCCUCCCACAACCGGGUUUCGAUGUCGAGUACCCGAGAAAUUCAAUUGGAGAGUUUUACAAGGAGUUCAUGGGUAGUGAGAAGGGCGGAGGACUUGAUCCCAUGGAUAUGCGGAGGACUUGGAGGGAGGUUAGUUUGAGUGGGGGUUACAGGAAGUUUUUGGCUAGGCCGCUGCAGCCUCUCACUUUUGAGGUGCAUGAGUAUAAGAAGGUGGAUGAGCAGUUUGUUGAGACAGACAUGCAGAGGCUGGGUCGGGAGAGGGACGUAGGCCACAAGGCUCAAGAGAAAGAGGACGAGAAGAAGGGAGAGAAUGCUGAUGCGCAAAUGGAAGAAGGGGAGGAGAAAGAAGAGACCAAAGAAGAAGAGGAUAAGAUUGCGGUUGUACUGAAGCUGCAGUUGGCGAGCAGUCAGUACGCUACUAUGGCGCUGAGGGAACUGAUGAAGGCUGGCGGUGUCAAGGCAUACCAGCCUGCCUUUAUGGGUGGCAGAUGA